CACACGCUGCUUGGGUCGAGCGAGGCGAGACCAUGUCUGGCAGAGGCAAGGGCGGGAAGGGGCUCGGCAAGGGGGGCGCCAAGCGCCACCGCAAGGUGCUGCGCGACAACAUCCAGGGCAUCACCAAGCCGGCCAUCCGCCGCCUGGCUCGGCGCGGCGGCGUGAAGCGCAUCUCGGGGCUCAUCUACGAGGAGACGCGCGGCGUGCUGAAGGUCUUCCUGGAGAACGUGAUCCGCGACGCCGUCACCUACACCGAGCACGCCAAGAGGAAGACGGUCACGGCCAUGGACGUGGUCUACGCCCUCAAGCGCCAGGGACGCACCCUCUACGGCUUCGGCGCCUCCUUCGAAGCGGGAACGGGACGUGAGGGACCGGCAGGCAAGAACACCCAGGAUGCCGGGGACAAGCGAUGGAGUGAGACAGACAGGCUGCCCCGCCACCGGCUGCACCGCAGCAGCCUGCAAUGGGAAGCUCACGACACGGCGGCGCUCUCCCCCCUGCCACUGGGGGAGGGCGGGACAAAGCGGGAAGGCAAUCGGCGCUGCCUUGAGCGCGGUAAAAGGGAGCAUGGCACAGGCUGCCCACACCCGCUCCAAAAACACAGCGACACAGCUCUCUCCGGUGGCCACGUGGUGGCUCUUAAAAGAGCCUUUGGGUUUGGCGGUGGCAGGGCAGGAGCCUCAGGCGCGCUCACCGCGGAUGCGGCGGGCCAGCUGGAUGUCCUUGGGCAUGAUGGUGACGCGCUUGGCGUGGAUGGCGCAGAGGUUGGUGUCCUCGAAGAGCCCCACCAGGUAGGCCUCGCUCGCCUCCUGCAGCGCCAUCACGGCCGAGCUCUGGAAGCGCAGGUCGGUCUUGAAGUCCUGCGCGAUCUCGCGCACCAGGCGCUGGAAGGGCAGCUUGCGGAUCAGCAGCUCCGUCGACUUCUGCGGCACGAAUCGACAGAUCUCAUGGCGCGUACGAAGCAGACGGCGCGUAAGUCGACGGGCGGGAAGGCGCCCCGCAAGCAGCUGGCCACCAAGGCGGCCCGCAAGAGCGCGCCGGCCACGGGCGGCGUGAAGAAGCCGCACCGCUACCGGCCCGGCACGGUGGCGCUGCGCGAGAUCCGGCGCUACCAGAAGUCGACGGAGCUGCUGAUCCGCAAGCUGCCCUUCCAGCGCCUGGUGCGCGAGAUCGCGCAGGACUUCAAGACCGACCUGCGCUUCCAGAGCUCGGCCGUGAUGGCGCUGCAGGAGGCGAGCGAGGCCUACCUGGUGGGGCUCUUCGAGGACACCAACCUCUGCGCCAUCCACGCCAAGCGCGUCACCAUUAUGCCCAAGGACAUCCAGCUGGCCCGCCGCAUCCGCGGUGAGCGCGCCUGA